AUGAAGGUGGGAGCUUGUCUAGGUGUCUCGAUUUAUAAGAAAUUUGACUUCAGGGCGCCGAAUGGAUACAUAAGACCAAUAGGAUUAGAUUUGAAUCCAUAUUAUGCAGUUAAUAGCUAUUAUAAUACGCUAGCGUCAUCAAUAACAUCGAUUCUGUCGUUUAAUUUUAAACUAGUUAAUCUUUGUUUGAUUGGAAUAUUUUUAUUGACGAAUUUCGUGAUAUGGGUUGUGUUUGGGAGAUUGACGAGUAAUGAGAUACGAAACUUGAAGGACAAGAUCAGUUAUACUGCAUGGGAAUUUUGUUUUGGAUUUUUGAUAUUUUACUAUAGCACCAUCAGGAACGAUGAUAAAGCCACCAACGAUUUACUGGUGAGACACGAGCUAUUAAAGUAUGGCGGAUUGUUCUUGUGUGUUUUCUUGUUGAAAUGCUUUCAUUAUUUGAGUAUUGGCCGUGUUUAUAUGACCGCCAGUGACGUGCAUGAUGCAUCAACAUUGAAAUUCCAAUACUUAAGGUUCUCUAUCGGAUUAGCAGUAUUGAAUUUGGUUGAUGUCAUGUUAAUAAACAAAUACUUCCAGGAAGUGAUAUCGAGUUAUUCUGGAAAUUCGAAAGUAUCCUUUAAGGAUAAUAUAUUAAUUACAAUUUUUGGGUUUGAAAUCUUGCACAUAUUCCCUUUAAUCAUAUUGACAACGAUCAAAUAUGGAUUAAACUGUUUCGAGCUUUUCAAAUUUGGAUCAUUGGAUAGUUCCAACUUUGAGUCAUCAAACACAGAAUCCAUUAAAUGGAAUGAUACAAAGUUGAAAGUUAUAUACACCUGCGAGUUUCUAGUAAAUUUGAUAAGAUUUGGAAUUGGUUGCAUUUUCUCGAUACUAUUUAUGUAUUUCUAUACAUUUCCAUUUCACAUCUUACCGUCAUCUUACUUGAGUUUAAGGCUUUUGGUCUUGAAAGCACGGUGCUUGCUCAAUUUCAAAAUGAAGAACUUUCAAAUGCAAAAAUUAGGUACGCCCCACAAAAUGGGAAGUUACGAGAAGUGUAUAAUAUGCUUUGAUGAUUUAUCAAAUGAUUUUCUUGAUGAAGUGAGGAUACUUAAAAACUGUUCUCAUCAAUUUCACUAUAGUUGUUUGAAGAAGUGGGUUGACUAUUCGGACUCAUGCCCCAUAUGUCGUGGGAAGUUAUAA